CGCUACGUUUCCGUCGUCCAAAACCACCAAAACAGCUGUGUUUCAAUCGUCUCCAUGGUAUCAGUCGUCUCCCUCGCCUCCGUUGGGGUUGUGAAGUGUGUGUUCCGUUAUUAGUCGGUGUGAAUGUUUGUGUACUGUAACCGCGUAAGUGUAAAGAUUCCAGAUAUGUUUUAAUACUUCGUUUCAAGGCGCAUGAUAUCGUCAAUGACAGGCUGGUGACCUCUACUGCUGACGGACUGGAGAGCAUGCUGCGCCUGCGCCUGCGCCGGCCAUGUUACUGCCAUUUGGUGUCAAUACUCCUGGUAGUCAGUAUCACAACAGGUAGCCCAAUACCAUCUUCGUCUGAGUGGACAGAAAGUUAUGAAGAUGACUGGGAUGUGACAGGAGGACGGUCAGGUUGGUAUACUGUGCUCAGCAAUGGCUCAGUUCCAGCCGUAUUGAUGCCCCGGAAUCACAGCCAUGAUCUGCCACCCACACCUAGUCCAGAGCAAAUCCGGCAGAUGGAAGAGGACACACAUCGGCAGUUUGAACUUCUCAAAAUCAACUACACGCGGCUGUUGGAUGAGCUAGAUACUGAGUUAAAAGAAGAUCUGAGAAGUGGCAGACAUCUACCAAGGAUUGUGGACAAAGCUUUGAGAUUAUUCAACUUGAAACAAGUGGUACAAGAAGUGGAAACUAGUGUCAUGUCUAAAGUUUCUUGCACGGCAUGCAAAGCUGGUGUUGGUCUCCUUCAGCACUACAUACGUGUGGGGAAGACGAGAGAUGAUAUCGUGAAGAUAACAUACCAGUUCUGUGUUAGCCUCAACAUCCAGCCAGCACGAGUGUGCGAGGGGAUAACUGAAUUGUUUGGGGGUGAAGUGGUCUAUGUACUGAAGAGAAUAAACCUUGGAGCAGAGGAAAUCUGCAGUUUUGUAAUAGGAGAUGCCUGUGGUGAUGUAUAUAACCCUUAUCAUGAGUGGAAGGUCAUCUUCCCUCCUGUGCCGAAGCCUGUGGUUACUCCACCUGCAGCUCCUACACCUGGAGCUCCAACAUUUAAAGUGCUUCACCUCUCCGACACACAUUUUGAUCCAUACUACCAAGAAGGCACAAAUGCAGAUUGCAAAGAGCCACUGUGCUGCAGACUUACCAAUGGACCUGCACGGUCACCCCAGACAGCAGCUGGGCGAUGGGGAGACUACCGCAAGUGUGACACUCCAAAGCAAACUGUUGACCACAUGCUCCAACAUAUAUCUAGUACCCACCCAGACAUUGACUACAUUCUGUGGACUGGAGAUCUGCCCCCACAUGACGUGUGGAACCAAACAAGGGAAGAGAAUCUCAUGGUGCUGAAAGAAACCGUAGCCCAGCUAACAGAAACCUUCCCCGGAAUUCCAAUAUUUCCUGCACUUGGCAAUCAUGAGAGUGCACCAGUGAACAGCUUUCCACCUCCAUUCAUUCAGAAUGACUUUGCUAUCUCAUGGCUAUAUGACGAAGUGGACGACCAAUGGAGGCACUGGUUGCCAUCAUCAGUGUCCAACACUGUACGUCGAGGCGCUUUCUACAGUGUUCUAGUGAGACCAGGCUUCAGGGUCAUCUCCCUCAACAUGAACUACUGUAAUAACAAGAACUGGUGGCUGCUACUGAACAGCACAGACCCAGCAAAAGAGCUACAGUGGUUCAUCUAUGAACUUCAGAGUGCAGAGUUCAGUGGUGAAAAGGUUCACGUGAUAGGACACAUUCCUCCAGGACACAGCGAUUGUCUGAAAGUAUGGAGCAGAAACUAUUACCAUAUUAUUAACAGAUAUGAAUCAACAAUCGCAGCUCAGUUCUUUGGUCAUACGCAUUUUGAUGAAUUUGAGCUAUUUUACGACCGUAACGACUUAAGCAGGGUUACCAACAUAGCAUAUGUUGGCCCAUCAGUGACCCCUUAUUAUGAUCUCAACCCUGGCUACAGAAUAUACUACAUUGAUGGGGAUCACAAAGCAACAACAAGGGCAGUGGUUGACCAUGAAACGUGGGUGAUGAAUCUGAAAGAAGCAAACCUGUACAAUUACCCCAUCUGGUACCAGCUGUAUAGCACCCGAUCAGCCUAUCAGAUGCCUUCCCUUUUACCACAAGACUGGGACAACCUUCUCAACAAAUUAGCUAGUGAUACAAAGCUUUUUGAUCUUUAUUACAAACACUACUGGAAGAAUUCUCCUGUGAGACCACCAUGUGAUGCUGAAUGCAAGAAACGGAUGCUUUGUGACCUGAGGUCAGGUCGUUCUCAUGAUCGCAAAGGUCUGUGUCAGGAGUUGGAAAGCCGAAUUGAUGCCAACACACGGACAGGCUGGCGUGCAUGGAUCUACAAUGGACUGGCGCUCUCCUUCUAGAUUGCAGAUACUGUAGCAGCAGCAGUUGGUCACAUCCUUCCCAAUUCCUUCACAUUACUGGAGAUUGCAUGAAGAGCCACAUGAAGAAGACUGAACACAUUUCACUUGGUGUGCUGCAGUAUCCACGGUACUUUUCUAGAACCACUCUAACAUCUUCAGAACUUAUAGAGAACAGUCUUUGUUAAAUAAAUUUAAAUAAGGAGUUGUCAUUUUAAGAGACCCAUACCUAAUGAUUUGAAGUCAAAUGGGCAUACAGGUAAGGCUUAACAUAUUCCUGGUACUGGAAUGGUAGACAUAUAUUUCAUCUGUUUCUCUGAGUUUGUGUGAUGUAGGAAGAUGAUAUCCCUAGAGCCAACCUGUAUGAACAAAAGUAAAAAGUUGUCCCUCUGCCUAAUUAGUUAAGCACUAGGCAUAUGGGGGAGUGGAUGUGUAGAUCCACAUUUUCUUGACCUUGGCACAAGUUGGGGGUGAGUGAUCAGCAUAAGGCCUGGCUGAUUUACUCCUGGGAAAAGAGCCAUCGGUACCCAUUGGACAGGAGGCUUGUAUUUGUCUCAUUAUAUGUACAUGAAGAUUAAGUUGGCUUGAAAGUUUAAGAGCUUUUGUAGUAGAUAAAUUUCACCCAGACUGAGAAUUGAAAUGUGAAGCUUUAUGCAUGGUGUAACACUCUCAGUAACAACACUGUACCCCAGGCAUUCAUCCAGAAAGCCACCGUAAGCUUUGUAUAGAAUUAUGCAUUAAACUGCAAAGUGAAGUAGUUUGUUCCAAGUCCACGAAUGCACAUUUGUCUUCCAAUCACAUAUGGAAGCAUACUCGUACAUUGCAUUACUGGUUGUGCUGGGCAUGUCUGGCAAUUUUUAUCUACACGCUUUCUUCUGUUACUUUUAGCAAUAAAAAUAUCGUUGACUGCAAUUUUUUAACAUUUCUUUUCUGACUUGAAUCUGUGGGUGAUCCAGCUCAGGAUAUAAUGCUUCAGAUAUUUUUGUAAGUUAAAUACCAUGGAAUCCUGUAAAUUCAGUGUCUUUUUUUUAAUAUCCUCAUGAAACAGUCUCACUCUUUUCAAAUUAUUUGCCUCAGUUAACACUGGUAAUAAGUUAAAUCUUUAAUGAGAAUUAUGCUCUUUUAUGAAAGUCGUAAAAAAAAGGUAAAGCUGUCCCUGUAAGAGCAAAGCAAAUAGUCUUGUAAACCUUUAAAAUCAAAUAUAAGUUACCAUCCAAGUAUAUCUUGUUUAUUGCCUGAGUAUAUUGUGUGUUACAGAGACCCCAACAUGUUUUGGUCUAAUAAGACCAAAUCAGCGGAUACACAAACAAAACAAACUCGGUGAUUUUAGUCUGCAAGCGACCGCCACUUA